AUGACGUCGACCCCCUCGCAAUCCCGGCUGAGUCCAUUGCUAACUCUAAGACUACUACUUCUCCUUGCAGCAGCAGCAACCCAGCGGUUGAUCCUGCAGGGCGGUGCUGGUGCUGAAGAGCAGGAGCAGCAGCGUCGACCCAUCACGCUUGAGGGUUGCCAGGCCAUGUGUGGCAACAUCAGCAUCCCCUUCCCGUUCGGCAUAAAGCCUGGAUGCUUCGUCAAGGGCUUCCAGGUCACCUGCAACGACUCAUUCGACCCACCUCGCGUCUUCCUCUUCUACAACAGGACGGCAGUAACAUACUGCUACAACGAGAUGGGCGAGGGCGCGUACUCGGCGAGCAUGUUGGAACCGACGCUGAAGAGGAGGUGGGAAGCACCGGUGGAACUCAUGGACAUAUCGAUUGCCAAGAGCGAGGCACGGGCGUACGGACUAGUGAGAUCCGACUGCAGCACGAAUGCGCUCGACCACCUGCUGAAGCUUCAGGUUACGUGGCUGCGUGAGCCAUUCUACCUGUCGGAGAAGCGCAACGUUCUCAUCAGUGUCGGCUUCGGUGUCGAAGCUAGGAUGGGCAGCGGCUUACUGGGCUCGACGAGCUACGAUACGACAUGCUAUUCAACAGUCGGCCCUACCUGCGAGGUCGCCUUUUCAAAAGGAAGCAUCCUCACCUCGUUUGGUGUGACAUUCGAACCAGAGAAUAACACUUUUUGGGAAAAUUCUCCCUGCUCCUACGGCAUGGUGGUGGAGAGCUCGUGGUACAACUUCUCUGAGGAGGACAGGCGCGGCUACGAGGUGCUAUCCAACAAGUACUCGAGGGGUGUCCCCGUGGUGCUCGAUUUCGCCUUUAGGGAUGGUUCAUGUCCGUAUGCGGACUGCUCUGUCCGUCCAGGCUACAGGUGCGUCAACGGCAACAGCUCCUGUGUCAAUGCAACCAGUGCCGAAGGCUAUUUCUGCAAGUGCUGGGAACAUUACGAUGGCAACCCUUACAUUCCUAAUGGAUGCCAAGACAUCAACGAGUGCGAGCUCCGGGAACAAAAUACCGAUCUCCGUGAUUUGUAUCCUUGUGAUGGGAUCUGUAAGAACAGGCUGGGAGGCUAUGACUGUAGAUGCAAACCCGGAAUGAAAGGGGACGCCAUAAAAGGAACAUGUACGGAGAAAUUCCCCCUAGCAGCAAAGGUGGUUGUGGGCCUUGCUGCUAUGAUUGUUGUCUCUGUCCUCAUGGUUAUGGUCCAUCAACUCCUAAAAUUCAAAAGGUUCUAUGAACAAAAUGGUGGUCCGGUACUAAAAGGUGUAAAGAACAUAAGGAUCUAUACAAGGAAACAAAUGAAACAAAUGACAAAUAACUACAAGCGUGUAGUUGGAGAGGGUCAUUUUGGCAAGGUAUAUCUGGGGACUCUGAAAGACAAACAAAAGGUGGCUAUAAAGAAGUCCAUCGAGGUUGACAAGCACAUGAAGAAGGAGUUCACUGAUGAGGUUAUAAUCCAGUCUGCGAUGAGACACAAGAACAUUGUCAUGCUCCUAGGCUGCUGCUUAGAGGUGGAUGUUCCCAUGUUGGUGUACGAGUUCGUAGCGAGAGGGAGUCUGUAUGAUGUCCUCUUCAAGUGCAGAGAUAAGAUUCUAGUGGGCACACGACUGAGGAUUGCUGUCGGGUCAGCCGAAGGCUUGACAUACAUGCAUUCAGCAGGGGAGAGCACAAUCCGUCAUGGUGAUGCUAAAUCUGCCAAUAUCCUUCUCGACGAAAAGUUCAGCCCAAAAGUUUCAGACUUUGGGACAUCAAAGCUACUCGCGAGAGGAAAAGCCGAGAUGACAGAACAUGUCAUUGGGGACAUGAGCUACAUUGAUCCGGUAUAUAUGGAGCAAGGGAUCGUUACACAGAAGAGCGAUGUCUACGGCUUCGGAGUUGUCCUCAUAGAACUUAUCACAAGGAGGCCUGCAACAUAUGAUGCUGAGAGGAGCUAUGUUGCAAAUUUUGUUGAAGCUUGUCUAGCAAAAAGAGCAAGAAACUUUAUUGAUAACGAUGUUACAAGUGAGGCGGAUAUCAAUCUCUUGGAAAUGGUUAGCAGGGUCGCCGUGGAUUGUCUAAAGCCCAAUCCAGAAGAACGACAAGAUAUGAAACAUGUAGAGCACCGCCUCCUUGAGAUUGUUGCACAGUCUGAAGAUCAUAGUCAGGAGAGGGACUACAAGGGAGAUUUUAGUCCGGCACCAGAUGAUGUUGCUUUGCUUAAAGGCUUGGGAGAAUAA